UCUAUUACGCAAUCUUACAGGGGAAAUCGUUUGGGUUGCACUCUAUGGGGAGAAUACGUAGACCGAUUCAUGGAUUGUUUGACCCAAAACAACCAAGAACCAGUUAUCAUGGUUUUGAGCUUUUGCCGCCCGAGGCGCUAUAUGGGGACAGUUACUGUCUCUACUGCAUUUCACGUUACCAAGAUGAUUUUCGAUGGUAAUUCUCCCGAGGUUGAAGAUUUUAGGGCAAGGUUGCCUCCACAAGUGGAUGACGGAAUGGGAAGCAUUGUUUUGAGCAGUGGAGAUUCUGGGGACCAAGGUGUCAUCAAAACAACCACUAUCAAAGAUCUUUUGGAAAACAUGAAGCCUGGGCCUUAUUGGAUUCUCGGAGAAAUUGCAUCACUAAAUGAUUCAAGUAAUUGGUGUUACUUGGGUUGUACUGAGUGUAACAAGAAGGUCAUUCCGGAUGGUGAUAAGUUCAAGUGUUCGGGUUGUGCAGUUACUAUACCGCAUGGGGUUUAUAGGUACAAGGUCAGUGUUCGAGUCUAUGAUCACACCGGUCAUGCUUCAUUCUUGCUUUGGGACCGAGAGUGUAAAGAAGUCUUGGGUGCAAGUGCGUUUGUUUUGAGAGAGAUUAUGAUUGAGAAGGACAUGGACCCAAACUUCCUGCCGCUAGAACUUAAUCGCUUCCUUGGUCGUAAAGGUUUAUUCCAUAUUUUGUUGAAGAACGAUGUUGGGAGUCCAAGUUGGACUGGACCAAGAACUUUCGGGGUGAGAUCUUUGGUUACCGACCCAAAGAUCUUGAGCAAGUAUGAACAUUUGGUUGUGAUUGAAGAUGAAGAAGCAGACAAAGAAAGCGAAGGUCUAUGGGCAUCUCUUGAGGAUUUGAGUCAGAAAGUGCAUGAAGUGAUUGGUUCCAAUAAUCCAAGCUCUAGCCAAAGUGUCAACUCCAAGCAAAAAAGGAUUCCCGGUCUGGACGAGAAUGAAGCCGUGAAAAGGGAGCUGUUUGAUGAAAUCUCAACAAGUGCAAGCAAGAAAAUGAAGAAGGAAACUGCUAGAGACUGAAAUUCCGACUCAUUGGGGUUGAAAAUCAAUGUUUUUUGUUUCU